AUGAAUUCUGUUGUGAUGAAAGACUCGCAUGUUAUUGUUAGUGAAGAUGAAGGCUCAGUUGAAAUUUUAAAUUUAAUUCCGCCAAACACAAAUAUUGCUGAUGUAUCGGAUGCCCACAUAUCUAUUGAAGAUUGUAUAUUUGAUUGUCCGUAUAGUAUUGUUCAAAUCAAGACUAAUGGUGGAGAGGUUGUAUUGAACAAUGUUGCUAUCAAUUGUAAACAACUUGUAAUUGAGUCAACAGUUUUUGGUAAAAUAUUAAUUGGUAGAGGAAGUCAAAUACAAACCAGAGAGGGUAUUGAAUUGUUAUGUGGUGGAGGUGAUACUGUAAUUGAUGAAAACGUACAAAUGUUUAUUGGUGGAAAAAUGUUUUGUUAUAAUAUUCCAUACUCACCUCUCAUCAAGGAUGAAGAUGGAAGUAUUGUUGCAUUGAGUCUAAAUCCUAUAACUCAGCAAUCAAGAUUGAUAGUGCUUGAUAACUCUGAUAUCAAAGUUAAUGGAAUGUUUUUAUCGGUUGGUUCUGCUGUAAUUCUAGGUAACGCAGCAAGAAUAUCAACUGGACUAACAUUGUUAGAAUCAAAAUCUGUUGUAGUAAUACAAGGUGAAUGGACUAGCGAAAAGAUGAAAAUCAUUUCUCCCUUAUGUACAAUUAAUGGAAACUUGAUUUCAACUACUGAUAUCGUUUUCAAUUCACCUUCAGUUAUUUCCUUCUCAGAGAUUAGAUGUAAACAAGACAUUAUUUUCCAAUCUGUUUCUAAUUUUGUAAAUAAGGGAAGUAUUAAAUCAAAAGAUAUUACAGGUUGGAAUGAUUCUAAAACAGGUUCAUGUUUAUUUGAAAAUCAUGGAGUGUUGGAACUUCAACAUUUGACCGUUAAAACUGACCAAGAAGAUGAAGGUCAAUACAAUAUUUUGAUAAUUAAUAAGGAAAAUGCUAAUAUUUCAAUUAAGGGUAUAACUAAAUUCAUAAGUAAUAAGAAAGAAGGAAGCAUUUAUCUUGUAAAUGAAGGUACUAUAUAUUUUAUGGGAGAUUUUAAAACAUUACUACAAGAAGAGCUUGGUGAUAUUCAUAUUGAAAACACUGGUAAAUUAUCAUUCUUGUCAAGCCUAAAUUUAUUUGGAACUAGUUUUAAUUCCUAUAAUGAGCUGAAAGUGAAUGGGAAAACUAAACUCCUCUUAAAGUGUUCAUCUCUUAGUGGAAAGUGCAACUUUCUCAGUUCAUUUGUGGCAACUUGUGACAAUUUUACUUCUUCUGGCCAAGAUUCUGUUAUUAAUUUUACAGAUGCUAUUUUCUUUAUAUGUUCUGACAUGUCAACAAUGUCCAAGUUGAACAUAUCUGGGUCAUUGAUUAUCAAUAUGUCUACAAGUGAUCCAUUAAGUUUCCUUAACAUGAAUAAUCAAGUGGUAGUUGGUAAAAAUGUUACAAUUUGUGCUCCAAACUUGAUUUCUGAUGACCUCACUUUCAGUCAAAACAAAAGUAAUGAGAAUAACAUUAUCUCUGUUAUCAAUACUCAUUUUAAUGGUAUUUUACAAUGUAAAGGUAAUAUUUAUUUCCAAGUUAAAGAGGUUGGUGAAUUCAACAGCUCAAUAUUUGCUGAAUGUUCAGAGUUUAAUAUUGGUAAAAUGAAAGGUUCUUUGACUAUUUCAGGAACUGAAACUUCCUUUUCAGUAGAUCAAUUAUUCGGUCAUCUUUCUAUCAAUAUGAAAAAGUCUGCAACUUUAAAGAUUAAUCAAUAUGCUAACAAGAAAAGUACUAUUAAUAUUAAUGCUAAAAAAGUUAAUAUUGAAAACAAAGGAAAACAAGAAUCAAAAAAAGUGAAAAUUCGUUCAGUUGAAGAUAUCUUGACAAAAUUUAGCAAAGAUGUAGAGAGUAAAGUUGAUGUUGAAUCAGAAACUGGAACUGUAGUACAUAAUGUUGGUGGAAAGGUUUCUGGAUCGCAUGAUAUUAAAGCCAAUAGAGUUAUAAUGAUUUGUGAUGAUGCCAUUGAAGCACCAACUAAAAUUAAGGCAACUGAUUCAGCCAAUUUAGAAGUAGCGAGAGGUAUUAUGUCACAUGUUGAAAUGGAAGGUUCAGUUGUUAAUCUUAAAAACAAAUCUGAUCAGGAUGCAAAAGUAGUUUUAUACGGAAACCAAGUAACAGUAGAUUCUGGUAAUAUUAAUGACGAAUUAAUUGUUACUUCUUCAAGUAUGACUAAUCUGAGUGCCAAAGAUUUGAUUGGGACCAUUAGAUCCAAUAACAUUCAAAAAGAAAGUUUCUUACAAACUACUGGAGAAAGUGCGAACAUUAAAAUUUCCUCUAAUCAAGGUAAAAUGGAUGUAAAUUCAAAGAAUUCAACUGUUAAGGUUACAGGUGAUAUGGAUGGACAUUUAUUAACAUCAGGUAAUAACACAUUUUUGGAUCUUCAAGAAGUCAAAGGAGUAAUAGACAGCGCCAAUCUGAACACUGACAUUAUUGUUUCCAAAAAUUUAAUUGGUUCUUUAAAUACAUCCGGUGUUGAUUCCACUAUUAAGGUUACUGGAAAUGUUGUUGGGUCAGUUUUGAGCUCAUCUUCACAAACAAACAUUAGCACAAACAAUAUUCUCGGAACAGUGUUAACUACAAAUCAAAAUAACACAUUGAAUGUUAGUGCCAAUAAUAUUGGUGGAAGUAUUGACUCAUCAUCAAAACAAACAACCAUUGAUGCAUCUUUACUUGGGUCAUCUGGUUCAAUAUCAACAAGAGGAGGAAACACAGUGCUAUCUUUUAAUAAGAGUAUUGACGGAAAAGUUACUCUACAUGGCAAUUCAGCAAAUGUGACAACAGGCAUGGUAAAAGGAGAAAUUGAUUCCUCAGCAUUGUCCACACAAAUUCAUGUUUUGGAAGACAUGACUGGAGAUAUUACAACAAGUGGAGAUAAAUUGGUAUUACAAGUUGACAGAUCAAUGAUUGGUAAUAUUACAAGCAAAUCUUUAGAAAAUGAAGUUGAAAUUGCAAAUGUUGCAGGAAAUAUUUCUGUUGAGGGUAAACAAUCAUCACUUAAAUUAGAAAAUUUAUCUGGUAAUCUGACUUCAAAAUCUGGUGCAACUGGAGUUGUCGUGCGAAAUGAUAUGGGAGGUAAAAUGAGCAUUCAAGGAGAUUCAUCUCAUUUGAAAUUGGGAAUUCUUUCAGGAAAUCUAAACAUAGACUCCUCUAACAAUGAUAUGUCUAUUGAAAAUCUUAGUGGAACAAUUACUGAAAGUUCCAAUAUAUCCCAGGCAACAAUUGAACAAUUAACAGGAGAUUUUAAAUCCAAAGCUAAAGAGUCCACCGUUGUGGUAGAGAGAGAGUUGAGUGGUAAUCUUAAUGUUCAGCAGACAAAAGUACUGUUUCUGUGA